AUGUCGAAAAAUCAGCGUUACAUCCUACCGAUCGCGCGCACCAUCCUUGUUAGCGAACCACAGUUAACAGUCGUUUGUAAGCCCAACGCGCCUCGAGAUCUACGAGCAUGUCGACAAGACAACGCCCUCAUGGGAGGUUUCCUAGAAUCUUCAGUGCCGUGUACCGUCCAUUCGAUCCAUGAGGCCAGAGACGCUGUAGACAGAACGCACAUCUCAGUCCUUCACCUCCUCGCCGUCCACCCCUCCCACCACCGCCGCGGCCUCGGCUCCAUGCUCAUCCGGCCCGGCCUCGAAGCCGCAGACGAAGCCGGAGCCCAAACGUACGUCGAAGCGUCGCCGGCUGGUCUGCCGUUGUACCUGAGACACGGAUGGGAGCAAGUGGACGGGAUGUUCGUUGACACGAGACCGUAUGGUGGACGUGGGAUGGAGCAUAAGCCUUUCCUGAUGAGGGAGCCGGGUGCUGGGUCGAAGCUUGGGAAGACGGAAGGGUGA